GUUCGGCAAUGGAAUCCCACCUGCUCACCUCGUCGUCUUCUCUGCUUUACAGCUCUUCCGCCACCGCGGGCUCCUCUGCUUUCAACCACGUCAAGCCCCAUUGUUCGAUUAUUUCUUCCUUUCCAGUUUGCGGCAAGUGGAAGAUCGGCGCCCAACGUGUUUGCUCCGUUAAAGCCAUGGCUGCUUCUCCCGGGGCACAGAGCCAUGGCCAGGUCCCGAACAAGGAAGCCAAGCUGUGGGGUGGUAGAUUCGAAGAGAGUGUUACAGACAUUGUUGAGAAGUUCACAGAAUCGAUUUCAUUUGAUAAGGAGUUGUAUAAGCAUGAUAUCAUGGGGAGCAAGGCCCACGCUUCAAUGCUGGCUGCCCAGGGAUUAAUGAGUGCAAGUGAUAGAGAUAGUAUUGUUCAAGGCCUUGAUGAGAUUCAGAAGAAAAUUGAGGGUGGGGAAUUUGUGUGGAGGACAGACCGGGAGGACGUGCACAUGAACAUUGAGGCAGCACUUAUUGAUAUGAUUGGCGAGCCUGCAAAGAAGCUGCACACUGCUAGAAGCAGAAAUGAUCAAGUUUUGACUGAUUUCAGACUUUGGUGUCGGGAUGCAAUUGAUAGGAUUCUGGCAUCCGUAAAACAUCUGCAGGUUGCUUUGUUGACUUUGGCUCUGAAGAAUGAGGGGCUUAUCGUUCCUGGUUAUACACAUUUGCAAAGGGCACAACCAGUUCUAUUGUCUCAUCUCCUGUUGGCAUUUGUUGAACAGCUUGACCGUGAUGCUGGUAGGUUGCUUGAUUGUAGAACAAGGAUGAAUUUCUCUCCCUUGGGUGCUUGUGCAUUGGCUGGAACUGGUCUGCCCAUUGAUAGGUUUAUGACCUCUGAUUCUUUGGGAUUCACUGCCCCCAUGAGGAACAGUUGCAAUUUUCAUGACAGUAUUGAUGCCGUUUCAGACCGAGAUUUUGUCUUGGAAUUUCUUUCUGCUAAUGCUAUCAUUGGCAUCCAUCUUUCUCGUCUGGGUGAAGAGUGGGUACUGUGGGCCUCCGAGGAGUUUGGAUUUAUCACCCCAAGUGAUUCUGUUUCCACAGGAAGUAGCAUAAUGCCUCAGAAGAAAAACCCAGAUCCGAUGGAACUUGUUCGUGGAAAGUCUGCUAGGGUUGUAGGUGACCUGGUUACCCUACUAACUCUGUGCAAAGGUCUUCCUCUUGCUUAUAACCGGGAUUUGCAGGAAGACAAGGAACCUGUUUUUGACAGUGUCAAAACAAUCGUAGGAAUGCUUGAAGUCUCAGCUGAAUUUGCACAGAACAUCACCUUCAAUAAACAGAGAAUCGAAAAGGCAUUGCCAGCUGGCUACCUUGAUGCUACAACACUUGCGGAUUAUCUUGUGAAGAAGGGUGUGCCCUUCAGAACAUCCCAUGAUGUAGCUGGCCGGUCAGUCGCAUUAUGUGUAGCGAAAGGGUGUCAGCUUCAAGGCCUAAGCUUGGACGAAUUCAGAAGCAUCAGUCCAGUUAUUGACGAUGAUGUAUAUGGCUAUCUUGGAGUGGAAAAUGCAAUCAAGAACUUCAGUUCAUAUGGGUCUACUGGUUCUGCCCCCGUUUCUGAUCAACUAGAGUAUUGGGUGGCGAGACUAGAAAUCGGCACCAAGUAGAGUAUAUCUGAUUCUUCAGCUACCUAACAGGGGUGUCGAGAAUGGUUGCUGGCAGUGGUUUUCGAGCUUCUAUAAUUUCUCAGAAGCCAGCUUGGAGCUUCCCAUAAACAGCAGAGAAGCGGGGUGGAAUGUCUCCCGACCGAAGCAUGAAUUCUAUGUAGUUUGAGUUAAGUGAUCUAGCUUAUCUACAUGUGGUUUAAAAAUUAAGUUUGGAAUCUAUCUUACAUCUGCACAACUUGUAGAUUUAUCAUUUUAAAAUUGGAGCUCUUAAGUUUUUUGGAAGGUUAUUUUGAAGGAUGAAUGAUUAUAUUUUCCAGAAUGUUUUUCUUAUAACUUAGAGC